AAAGAUACAAGCAAGUAUACCUGAUACAGUUCAAAACAACAUUAUCUGGUUUAAUUAUGUAUAAUCGAUUUAGUAUCAAUCAUAUUUUUAGUUAAUCAAAAGUUUGUGCUCGAUAUGUAUAUUCAUUUUGUUUCUCUGCAUGAUUUUAUACAUUUUUCUUUUUUUGCGCAAGUUUUUUUAGAAAAAAUUAUAAACGAGCACAAAUUUGUAGGUCGAUCAAAGCAACGAUGUUACCAAUUCAAUAUGUCAGUAUAGAGGAAGAGUGCAAACGAAAUCCGGAACUCAAAAUGUCAGAUUUGCAAAUGUUGAAGGAUUGGAUGGAAAAGCAACCUCAUCUGCCACGAAUAGAGAUGUUAUAUCUUGUUUUGUUUCUACAUAGCAAUUAUUAUCGUAUAGAGGCGACUAAGAAGACGAUAGACAAUUUUUUCACCAUAAGAACGCUUUUGCCAGAAGUGUUCUCUAAUAGAGAUCCAAUCGCAUGGAAGGAAUUGCGAAAAGCCUUUUCUACCAUAGCAGCUGUGCCAUUAGAGCAAAAAACCAAAGAAGGAUACAUUAUGACACUUGCCAAAUUUCUGGAUCCAAAUCCAAAUAAAUUCAACUAUUUCGAGUGCAAUAAAUAUCUACUUAUGACUUGUGAGAUACAAAAUGUGGUACAAGGUACCAGCGAAGGAUUGGUUGUUAUUCUUGAUGCAAGUGGCUUGUCUUUUGGUCAUAUCGCUAAUAUAAAUUUAAUAGGAUUGAAA